AUGUUUUCUGUUGUCGUGGAGGAAUCAUCCGUCACGAGACCGCCACCUUUGGAGGACAGGAUGCACAGCCCCCCCAUCCAGGAGAAGCAGUCUCCUGUGAUGGCAGAGGCGGCAUUGGCACAGAUGGAAGCGAUGCACGAGCAGGAAACAACUGCCGAGAAGCCGCUUCCCGCAGCAAUCGAUCGCGCCGUUACGCUCUCGAAGGAACCGGCCUUCACGGCGACUUUGACCGUGAACGACCUUGCCCCUCUCCCGACCCAGGAGGACCUGGCAGAGUUGGUUCCUCUGCUGCCUGAGAUGGCCUUGGAUCCCGUCCCGGCUGCCAAGCUGGCAUCCGAGGCGCCGGACGAGGUUAGUGAGCCUGCGCCCAGCGUCGAGACGGUGCAGCAGGCUGUGGUGAGAGACUUCGAAGAGCAGGAAGAGGUUCUGCAGAAUGCAGCCCAGCAGAAGGGGCCAUUCGAGCUGACUAUGCUGGCAGCUUCGACUAUGCCGGCGAGUACCGGCUGGGGUCGUCCACCGGCGAUGAGGCCACGACAGGCUGGCGUCCCCCUGAGCCUCGCACGGCGGGCACUUCGGAGGGUGCCGAAGAAAUUCUUCCAAGAGGAGGCUCGGCUACUUCUCUGGAGUGGCAAUGGGCAUUUUUUGCUGGAGUGCUUGCGCUACCUCUUGGCCGCCGACUUCGGAACCGCCCCCGAGCUCUUCCGUACGGUCGUUGCCCGGGCUGUGACCGCCGCAAGUGCCGGAUUAGAGGAUUUGGAUGAGCUUCUCCGGAGAGCCUAUGCGGCGCUUCCACUUGAGGCACUUGCGGCCUUGUGGGCGGCCGCCGUCGAAGAGGUGGGCCUCUGUUCGGAUGGCCGGGCUGCAGCGGGAUAUCGGUUGAACUACACGCAGUUCUCCCAGGCGUUCUUCAAAAGCAUGCCAGGAGGCGGGUCCAGCCCGGCCACAGCAGCUUUUCGGAGCCCUCAGCCAGGGUCGGCGACUGCCCAGACGCUCACGGCCUCUUUCAAGAGCCUCCGGCGAGACUUCCAGCACGAUCGGCACCGCCGCCACCCGUCUCCCUGGAACUCACGCUCGCCCCGGCCUCUCGUGACAAAGGGCAAGCCGCCCAAAGAGCCGAGGCCCGACCCGCGAACCUUCAGUGAAGCCUUGGCCUUUCUAGUCCAGGGCACGGAUGAAGGUGCCGUCAGGUUGGGCCUGCAACUGGCCCGCAGCAGGGCAUGUUGCAAAGUCUUGCACACGCUUUUCGAGGUCCGCGACCGAGAUCGCCACCAUCUGCUGUUUGGAAAGGAGGACCACGACGAGGACGAUGAAGAAGAGCUGUUGCACGACAGGCACGAUGAGAUGGCAGGAAAGAAGAUGACGCGACAAGACCGGGAGGAGGCAGAGAAGCUUGCGCUUCGGCAGAAGAUGCGUGGAAGUGAGAUGGACUUCGUGAACUUCUCGAAGGACUGGCACCAUGUCAAAUCUGCGCCUGGUCCGCCAUGUGUGAUCGUGGAGUAUCCUCAGGGAGCUGGCGAUCUCGACUGGCAGCAAGACGUCCAGGUCCAGGAGUUCUCAGAGUGGAGGUACAUCCACAAGUUGGUUGAUGGCAUUCCCACGACCAGCUACGAGGAGUGCACCGACCUCAUCGUCGUGGCAGUGCGCGAAGGCAUCACUUUUUCGGUGUCCCAAUUUGACCGUAUGAUUGGACGGACAAGCGAGCCGCAGGGCGAGCAUUAUCAGCAUCAGCUGGAAUUCCUUUCAGAUUCCCUCUCUGAUCUCCGGGUGUUCGAAUCCACAGCAGGCGGCGAGCAUCAUCCGCAUCAGCUGGAUUUCCUUUCCGAGCUCCGGGUGUUCGAAUCCACAGCAGGCAUUGCAAUUCGACCGAAUGAUUGGGACGGACAUGGCGGACCGCAGGGCGAGCAUCAUCAGCAUCAGCUGGAUUUCGUUUCAGAUUCCCUCUCCGAUCUCCGGGUGUUCGAAUCCGCAACAGGCGUCCCAAUUCGACCAAAGGAUUGGACAGACAUUGCGAUCCGCACGGCCAAUCCGCAUCAGCUGGAUUUCCUUUCAGAUUCCCUCUCCGAUCCCCGGGUGUUCGAAUCCACAGCAGGCAUUGCAAUUCGACCGAAUGAUUGGGCGGAGGGCGAGCAUCGUCAGCAUCAGCUGGAUUUCCUUUCAGAUUCCCUCUCCGAUCUCCGGGUGUUCGAAUCCGCAACAGGUGUCCCAAUUUGA